AUGUUCCAGCUGCCACCCGCAACCUUGAUCCUGGUCUUCUCAACAGUGCUGGGCCUAACGGAUGCGCAUGCGCUACCGCGACAAACCACCACCGUAGAACACCACGAGCUGCAGCACAUUGUCGCAUGGCCGCCGAUACCUACAGAGGCACCGCUCUCUCCCUUUGAGCUAUUGCGCAGACAAGAGGACAAUACAAUAUGUGGUUAUAUCGGGGAUUUACCGGCAACCUGCUCGGCCGGGUCGCAUUGCGUCUUGGACACCGAGCACAAUGUUAUGGGAUGCUGCCCCAACGGCGGCGCUUGCACGGCAGGAGUCUUUACGGGCUGCGUCGACUACAACAGUGGCCCACAGACAGAGAAUAACCCAUAUGUCUACACAUGCGCGGGGUCUGAUGUUUGUUACCAAAACGACUUUGGAGGAGGAGUCUCUCAAUUCGGCUGUGGGACAGCUUCAAGCCUAGCAACGACCGUCCAGGCAUCAUUGAGUGGUACGGAUGUCAUGGUUAUCACCAGCUCCGUAGACCUGACCGCCACGCCAACAACACUCUCUGAGCCGACCACAAUUAACCCAAGCACCGGCACGAGGAGCUUCUCGUCCUCAUCGUCUUCCACAAGCUCUUCUUCGUCCUCCUCGAGUUCUUCAUCUUCAUCCUCUUCAUCUUCGACAUCUGUCGCUACGUCGGCUACCCCAACAACUUCGAGUACGAAUACAUCAACACCCACUGAAGCACCGGCAACCACGUCAUCAUCUUUCGAUCGCACUGGUGCAAUUGUUGGUGGUACAAUUGCUGGAGUUGCUAUUCUUGUUGCGGCCAUUGCUAUUGCAAUAUUUUGUCUCCGAAAGCACCGAAACAGACGCCAAGGGCCUGGUCCUGCACCAAGCGCGCCGCCGACUUCUGAAUAUAUGAGUCCCAUAAGGUCUCACGGUGCAGCAUUUGCCCCUCUACCAACUUGGCAGGAGGAGGAGGAACCGGUGACACCGCAGCCACAUUACAAUCAGCCAUAUGGCCAAACAGACCACGUACUUGAUACCUACACGCCCUACGGCCCUGCACAAGUUCAUGGCGCACAGGUCGCUCAAGGGCAAUAUGGAGUCCCGCCCAGUGCACCCGAUUAUACUCUUCCAGCAGUGGCGGCGGCAACACCUAUCGCUGAUGCCCACAUGAGGAACCCUUCCAACGAAAUCGACGACUUUUCUCAUGGUUAUGCGCCCGCCGUCGGACAAACCCGCCUAGAUGAGGAUCAACAGCCACUCACGAGCUCAGCAUAUCCUCACGACUACUCUCAUGGCUACACAGCUACCGGCGGGCAAUUUUACGCGGAGGAGAAUCAACAACCGCCUACAGACCCAACCCAUCAUUACUCGGAAUCUGACUAUGGAGGAGGCACACACAGAUCAGGCGACCGGCCACUUUGGCAGCAGAAUAUUAGGGGGAGCCGAAACUUGACAUGGAUGUAA